AUCAAAGCCCACCAACUACGUACCUACUUGAUUAUUUGACAUCUAAGGUCUAUCUACGCAAUUAGACGUUGAGAACGAAGACGGCUUGAAUCCAAGGUUGAAUGUACAACUAAACGUCGUCGAGACAACUUUCUGCAGACGCUGGCAGCUCCUCCUGUGUCUCUGGAUAUAUCAAUCGUUUUUGACGAGUAGGCCAUUCAAAUCAAACCUCAAACCAAAAUACCAGCUCCAAUCAUGUCAUCACCUCAAACAUUCCGCGUCCUCGUCAUCGCCGGCGACCAUGUCGGGCCAGAAGUCAUGACCGAAGCCCUGAAAGUCCUUGACAUCGUCCAACAAUUCUCCCCAUCAAAUGUCAGGUUCCAAUAUAAUCAUCAAAUCGCCGGUGGCUCGAGUAUCGAUAAACACAAAACCCCUAUCACCGAUGAGGUCUUGAGAAUUGCAAAGGAGGAAAGUGAUGCUGUUUUGUUCGGUAGUGUAGGUGGACCUGAGUGGGGCACUGCCUAUCCCAACCCUGAAUCCGGCCUCCUCCGACUCCGUCGCCAUCUCGAUGCCUUUGCCAACAUCCGCCCUUGUACAUUCUAUUCACGAUCCCUCGUGCCACUUUCACCACUUAAGCCCGAGAUAGCCACCGGCACAAACUUCAUCGUGCUUCGUGAAAACUGUGGUGGAGCGUAUUUUGGCGAAAAGGUCGAACGGGACGACUAUGCUUCUGAUUCAUGGGCCUAUUCCCAGGACGAGAUCGUGAGGGCAUCUCGAGUUGCUGCAGCGUUGGCUCGCACAAUGGGGAAAGAUGGACUGGGUACUGGGAAAUGUGCCGCUGGCCCAGCGACUGUUUGGUCGAGUGAUAAGGCGAAUGUAUUGGCAAGUGGACGAUUGUGGAGAAAAGUGACGAGUCAGGUCUUCAAAGAUGAAUUUCCUGAUGUUGAAUUGAAGCAUCAAUUGGCUGAUUCCUUGUCGAUGCUGAUGGUCAAAGAUCCUAAGAUGUUCAAUGGGGUGAUUCAUACUGACAAUACAUUCGGCGAUAUGCUUUCAGACCAAGCAGGUGGUGUGGUGGGUACUCUGGGAGUUCUUCCUAGUGCCUCUAUCUGUGGAGUUCCAGAUGGAGGGAAAUGCAAUGGAAUCUAUGAGCCAACCCAUGGCUCAGCGCCAGAUAUAUCUGGCAAAGGAAUUGUGAAUCCCACAGCCCAGAUUCUAUCCGCUGCAUUGAUGCUGAGAUACAGUUUCGGGCUCGGAGAGGAUGCUCUUGCUAUUGAACAGGCGGUGGAAAAGGUUCUAGACGGCAAAGAUAUUGGAGGAUUGGAAAUCAGAACGGGGGAUCUCGGUGGCAAGUCGACGACCAAACAAGUCGGUGAUGCUGUGGCAGAUGUAUUGAGGGGCAUCUUGACUGGUCGAGUGAAUGCCGUUGGCAGUGGUGAAACGACGACGGACCCCUCUAAAAAGGAGCUUGCUGCGCGAGCCAAAGAGCACGCUGUCCAUGCAAGUGAGAAUAAACAGUGGGAGGCUAAGCUGAAGAAGGAGCAUGUCCCUACUGGGCCAAAUGAGGCUCUGGCAUUGUGAGUUGCAAGUAUAGAAAGAAAGGUCAUGGGAGGUGAGAUAAGGGGCACAAAAAUCAACGGCAGCAUAUACGGCAC